AUGAAGCUCAUCCUCGCCCUCGCCGCCAGCAGCGUCACCGCCUACGUCGCGCCCGUCGCGCCGCGCGCGGCGACGCGCGUGUCCGAGACCAAGGCGGACCUCGAAGCGCUCGCGACGAACCUCAACCCCAUCGUCGGCUACUGGGACCCGCUCAACGUCGCGGACACGGUCGACGGCGCGUUCUACGGCUUCGACAACGCGGGCGCCAUCGCCUGGUGGCGGCAGGCGGAGAUCAAGCACGGCCGCGUCGCGAUGGCCGCGUUCGUCGGCUACUGCGUGCAGGCCAACGGCUACCACUGGGGCACGAAGAUGACCCUCGGCGGCGCGGACUGGCCCACGGGCAGCCCGGCCGAGCAGUGGGACGCGCUCCCCGCCGCGUCCAAGUGGCAGAUCAUCCUCUUCGUCGGCAUCAUGGAGCUCUUCGCGGAAUCCGUGCCGCCGCACUACAUGAAGGGCGGCCAGCCGGGCAAGUUCCCGUCCUUCGCCGAGGCCUACAAGGAGGGCCGCGGCUUCCCCCACCCCGUGCCCUUCGACCUCUACGACCCCUUCGGGUUCUCGAAGAACCGGUCGCCCGAGGCCAAGGCCCGCGGCCUCCUCGUCGAGAUCAACAACGGCCGCGCGGCCAUGCUCGGCAUCUUCGGCUUCCUCGCCGAGUCCAAGGUGUCCGGCUCCGUGCCCGUCCUCACGGGCCUCGGCAUCCCCCACUACGACGGCGACUACAUGGCGCCCUUCGCCGCCAACUUCCACAUCGGCGCCUAG